AUGUCCACCACCACCACAGCAACGCGGACAGGCCGGCCCACCGAGGGACCGUCGCCGAAUCUUCUCCUGUCGGGCGUGCUGAGCGACUACGAGCUGCACCAUUCGAGCGACAAGGAUGCGAGCGACGACGCGGCACAGGCGGCUCCGGCCUCCAUCCGCCGACACGCCGCGACGCCCGCCGACUGGGACACGGAGCACCGACGCGUGCCGGCAUACCGCCCGAUCAACACGGCGCGCGACCAGACGGAAGUGCGGGUGUACCUGAGCAGGGUCGAGCAGGUGUUUAUCGGGACGAUGUUUACGGGGGUGUAUCUCAAUUCGGCCGCCUCCAAGGUCUGGCGGCAGACGCUGGGACGGGUGAACGGGGACAUUUUCCGGUUUCGAAUCGGCGGCGAGUUUUAG